GGCUGUUAAAUGCGUUACAGCUUCAGAAAUUGCCGUUGCCGGCGUCAUCGCGUCACUCGGCCAUUCACAAGUUGUUGUUUGAUCUGCAAGUAUCUAGUAAGCGUUGCUACAGAAAUUGUCAUUAUCUUCGUUUGAUCGACGUCCUACUCUUCGAAAUUUGAAUUAUGGGUGACCGUGACCAUAAAGGCUCCACGGCACGAGUCUACGUAGGAGGACUCAACGAAACCAUCAAGAAGGAAGAUUUGGAAGGCGAGUUCGAAAAAUAUGGCAAACUCAACUCUGUGUGGGUUGCCUUCAACCCUCCAGGUUUUGCUUUCAUCGAAUUCGAUGAGAUGACCGACGCUGAAUCGGCUUGUGAUAGUUUGAACGGCACAGAUAUGUUUGGUUCAAAAUUAAUUGUCGAGAUUGCAAGAGGAAGAUCACGACGUGGAGGUUUCAGAGGAGGUCGAGGCGGUGGUGGCUACCGUGGAGGUGGUGGUUUCAGAGGAAGACCCUCUUUCGACAGAUAUGGAGGUCCACCAAGAAGAAAUAGUGGAGGCCCAGGAGGCGAUAGAUUUGGAGGAAGAGAUCAAGGCAGAAGAAGCGAUGGUUUUAGAGGCAGAUCCGACAGUUACGGUGGUGGUAGAGGAGGUGGUGGUCCAAGAAGGUUCGAUGAUAACCCUAGGUUCCGAUCAAGGUCUCCAGCAGGAGGCGGUGGCCCAAGACGUUAAUUUUAGGUAUUUUAUUGAGAAUAACCUACAUAAUUGUUUUUUAAUUGGAUGAUCUGUAUGCUCAUGUUCUUAAUAUUAGUUGUUUAUGUACAUUUAAAUAGGACCCUCGUUUCUGUCGAGAACCAUUGAAUGACUUAUAUUUUGGCAUGACUGAGUGAUUUCAAAUUGAAAUUUAAUAUUAAGGAAGCAUAUUUAUUUAAUUAAGCAUUAUGUAAAUGCUAUCAUUAUUUUAUAUGUUUUGACUGCAAUAAAUUAGUGUAAAAAGG